CAGUUCAGGUUAUGUUUUUCGAAAACUUGGAGAAAACGUCAUUAGAAAAAGGAAAAUUGUUUUGAAAACAUAAAUUUCUUAUUUUAUAUUUGUAUAUAAUUUAAGCAUACAGUAGAAUUAAUAUACAAAAUAUUUAAAAUGAUUGUGUCAAAUUUAAGAAAUCUUUUAAAUAUAGGAAAUCAAAAUAGCAAUAAUUUAGUGCCUAUUGUAAGGACAUUGGCUUUGGCUUCACAACCUAAACAUCGUGAAAGUGAAAAACCAAAAACUGCUAUAUUAAUGUUAAAUAUGGGAGGUCCAAGUAAAUUAGAUCAAGUACAUGAAUAUUUAUUACGUAUUAUGACGGAUCGUGAUAUGGUGCAAAUGCCUUUUCAAAGCUUUUUAGCACCGUUGAUCGCUAAAGGGCGAACUCCAGAAGUAAUGGAAAAAUAUAAAGAAAUUGGUGGUUGUUCUCCAAUUUUAAAAUGGACUAACAAGCAAGGCAAACUUCUUUGUGAACAAUUAGAUCAAGUAUCACCGGAAACAGCUCCUCAUAAAUAUUAUGUCGCUUUUCGAUACGCCGAUCCAUUAACUGAUGAAGCUUUAAAACAGAUAGAAAUAGAUGACAUUCAAAGGACAGUUAUAUUCUCUCAAUAUCCUCAGUAUAGUUGUGCAACAAGUGGCUCUAGUUUAACGGCAAUUUACAAAUAUUAUAAAGAAAGGGAGGAACUGUUAAAUGGAAUGAAGUUAAGUGUAAUAGAUCGUUGGAGUACGCAUCCUUUAUUAGUCAAAGUUUUUGCUGAAAGAAUUAAAGAAGAAAUGAAACAUUUUCCUAAAGAUGAACAAAAAGAUGUAACAAUAAUGUUUUCUGCUCAUUCACUUCCAUUGGAGGCAGUGCAAAGAGGUGAUUCAUAUCCUUCAGAAAUUGGUGCUACAGUUCAAUUAGUUAUGCAAGAAUUAAAAUUUUCAAAUCCGUAUAUCUUAACGUGGCAAUCAAAAGUUGGACCUGUAAAAUGGUUAUCUCCAUUUACAGAUGAAUCUAUUGAAUUAUAUACUAAAGUUCAUAAAAAGAAGAAUUUCAUUUUGGUACCAAUUGCCUUUGUUAAUGAACAUAUUGAAACUUUACAUGAAAUGGAUAUAGAAUUUUGUAAAGAUAUUGGCGAGAAGUUGGGAAUUAAUAUAAGAAGAGCGGCAGCACCUAAUGAUCAUCCAAUAUUUAUUAAUGCACUAACAGAUAUUGUUGCCACACAUUUAAAAUCUCAUCAAAUGAUUAAUCCAAAAAUGUUGACAAGAUGUCCUCAUUGUACAAAUCCUAAUUGUGAAGAAAGCAAAAGCUGGUUUGAACGAGUUUGUCAAGCUUAAUGCAAGAAAAUUAUUACAAAAAAAAAACGGUAUUAAAUAUUUGGUGAAAAUAAUGAAUUAUCAAUUAGAUAUUUAUUUUAUCUGAAUAAUUAUUUUUUGAAUUAAUUCAUUUAUUUGAAUCAAUGUUUAAUGGACUAUUUAAUUCUAAAAAGUAUUUGGAUGAAAUAAAUAUUUAUUUGCUAAUCAAUUUUUUAAUAAAACAUCAUAUGAAUGGAAUUCAUAAAUUAAUAUUCAUAUUGGAAUUAGAUGAUUUUGUUAGAUAUAUAUAUUUUAUAAUUCAAGAAUUUAUUGUGAUAGAAAAUAAAUAUAAAACUUUUUACUUUAAAA